CAUAAACAAGACUGUUUAUUGUCAGCUGAUCAUGACGCCCUUGUUUCCGUGUUAUUUAUAACAACGCACAACGUUUUAGCUCUUGAAAUUCACUUUUAGUCAAACGUUUGUGUAGUUGGGCAUUUCACCUUUGUUCUUUUCUUUGUUCUUCAUGACCAUGGCUCAGUCAAGUCGCGGACGUACCGGCCACCUGGAUCAUCUUGAGACGGAAGUUAGUGAAGUCACGUCUCUCUUGAAGGAUAAUGUGGAGAAAGUCUUGGAGAGGGGCGAGCGAAUUGACAGCCUUCAGUCACGAUCCGAGGAUUUGGAAUGCAGCUCUUCUCAUUUCAAGAGGUCAGCUGUUAAGAUCAGGAAGAAUAUGUGCUGGAAGAAUUGCAAAAUGUCUUGCAUUCUCGGUGUCGUCAUCUUUCUUAUCAUUGCCGUCAUUGUCAUCAUAGUUCUAGUGGAGACUAAGCCUUGGGAAUCUUCCGGGGGUGAGCACCCAAAGACUACGACAGCACCGCCUCACUCUACCACUACACCACGUGCGUCUACUGGCACUACCAUCCACAACAUCAUCACAUCUGCGCUGACGGGUGGCUCAACGCGCUCUGUUAUAUAACGUGUCCGUGCCGCGUCAGAGGAACAGGGUAGGGUAUUGUGUGACACUUUAAUGGGAGAUAUCGCGUCGGCAUUGAGCUUUGAAUGAAAAGUAACAUGAGAACACAUCAAAUCUACGCCAAAACAGAUUUUGUACAGAAUGGAGUAACUUACUCAAUGAAGCGUGAAUCAUGAAUGCAGUUGGAAUUGUCUGAGACAGCCGCCCGUGGACCAGGAGAAUAGUGGCUGUCUUACACAAGUGUCGUUAUGAUGUGAAUAUGAUGUAACGUAUACGUAUGAAAGUGGGAGUGGCUGUUUGUACAGGUGAUUGUCUUAUACAUGUGACCGUUAGAGCAGGUUCAACUGUAUUAUGCCCGCUUGUUGCGCUUUGGGGACCAUAAAUGUGGUCCUACCAAUAUGUCUUUGAUAUAAUAAUUACGAUGUUAGUUUCAUAUGUGAGCCUUCACCGUGGAAUUGUUUUGUUAUGGACAGAAAUCUUUUCCAUCCAUUAAAGUACACAUUUUAGGGUGAAGUUUACUGAAAAAUGUUGUUUCAAGCCAAAAGAACACUUUUGCAAAUGAUCGAAAUCCCAUGUUUCAACCAAUUUUUCGCAGAAAUUCAAAAGCUCAUAGCUUUUAUAGUUACUGAACUGCAGCAAAAAGUAUUAACAGAAUAAAUUUUGUCAGAAGCUUCAAAUCCUUAUUUCAAGAGGAACAAAAUUUGUUUUGGAUUACCUACUGAUUGUACCGCAAUGCAACAUAUGGUAAUAAUUCUGGUAUAUCAGUGCUGUUGUGGUCUUCACUGUAUGCUUCCCAGGAAGCUGAGAAUGUUUGGGAAGGUUUCAAGUCUUCUGUGGUAAUGAUAGUCAAUAGUUGUAUACAAUAGAGCUUGUGGUAAUGAUAGUGAAUAGUUGUGUACAACAGAGCUUGUGGUAAGGCAUGGGUUGGCGCUAUUUGAAUGCCAUUAUUUGAUUAUGAUUAUUAUUAUGAAAUAUCACAGCGUGUUCAGUUUCCUGGACUCUGAGUUCACUUUGCUAAACAUUAUGUGCAUGACACACAAGAACUUUGUUUUGUUUAUUAUUCUAAUGCACUUUUAAAAGUGUCCUUACCGA